GUCCCUAACCUAAAAUUUGUCUUCCUCAUGGCUUUACCAGAGAUUGGGUUGAAACUGCUUCUUUCUUCCGUUAAUUCCAGCAUUGUUGCUCGGGCAGCAUGCUGUUCUAUAGGGCUUGCGCUUCCCGUGUAUUCCACGUUUAAAGCUAUUGAGAACAAUGACCCAUAUCAGCAACAAAGGUGCCUAUUGUAUUGGGCAGCUUAUGGGUCUUUUAGUGCUGCAGAAAUGUAUGCUGAAAAUUUACUUUCCUGGAUUCCAUUUUAUUAUCACUUGAAGUUAGCAUUUCUUGUUUGGCUACAGCUUCCUGCUAUCAAUGGUGCAAAACAACUGUAUUCUAGUCACCUGCGUCCAUUCCUGUUGAAACAUCAAGCUAGAAUGGAUCUGAUUGUCGAAUUUGUGUAUGGUGAAUUGUCUAAAAUUGUUAGUGGAUACCAAGCAGAAUUGCAGUUUGCAAAAACUCUUGUAGUGAAGGUGUUAAUGACAGCUACUCAGAUGAUUAGGAAUCUCAUUCAUCCAGUUGGGAGGGAGUCAAAUCGCAUUGAACCCUUUAAGAGGCAGGUUCUGGAUUCAGAAUCAGAAGAUGAUUAAAACAUUUUUCUUUCUCAUUAUUAGACAAAAUUAGGUUGGCUAGUUUUUAAUGCACGGAUGUUAUGAUUUGCUUGUGGUGUGCUGAGUUUUGCAUUAUUAGUUUCUUUUGGUAAUUACUAAUUUUUUUUUAGUUUUAUUUAUUAUUUGAUUUCUACCAAGCUAUACAUAGGAAAUAGACAUUUAAUGUAAAUACUGAUUUUUCAUAGCAAUUGUCUUCGGAGUAUUAUACAUAGUGAGGACCACAUUUGUGCUUGCUGACCUGUAAGCAUCGAACAACUAUAUGAUUAUAAUUUAUGCAUUUUAUGCUUUCGAGUUUCGA